AUGGAUCAACUCAUACCAGUGAUCAACAGACUCCAGGAUCUUCUCUCGACAGUGGGGCUCCAUGUGACCUUGGAUUUGCCACAGUUGGCUGUUGUCGGCUGCCAAAGUGUUGGAAAGACCAGUGUGUUGGAAGCUCUGGUCGGUCGGGACUUCCUCCCACGUGGGACGGGUAUAGUCACUCGCAGACCGCUGAUUCUACAGCUUCGCAAUACGACUAAGGAUCAAGUCGUUGAGUGGGGGGAAUUUACCCAUCGACCUGAUAAAAAAUUCUCCGACUUCGCCGAGAUUCGCCAGGAAAUAGAAGAGGAAACUGAUCGAGUCUGUGGUGCUUCCAAGGGGGUCAGUCCGGAACCAAUAUGUCUGAAGAUCUUCUCGCCCUACGUCAUUGAUCUGACUUUGAUCGAUCUGCCUGGUAUCACGAAGGUGCCUGUGGGAGACCAACCACUUGAUGUCGAGGCCAGGAUCAAGGACAUGGUCCUGUCGUACAUUUCAAAGCCAAACUGUAUCGUGCUUGCUGUGACCGCGGCCAACACUGAUUUGGCCAACAGUGAUUCUCUGCAACUUGCGCGGCAGGUGGACCCUUCUGGUGAUCGGACGAUGGGGGUCAUCACUAAGAUGGACUGUAUGGAUGAGGGGACAGAUGCUCUUGACAUGAUCAACGGCAAGGUGUAUCCGCUACGACAAGGGUAUGUAGGGGUGGUAUGUCGAUCACAAAAGGAUAUACAGAACGGUGUCACCAUUCGAGACAGUAUCAAAAACGAAGAGGCAUUCUUCAAGAAGCACGAGGCUUAUAGGCAUAUAUCAGGCCACUGCGGUACGGCGUAUAUGGCCCGUCAGCUGCAUCGUAUUCUUAUGGCCCACAUACGAGAGGCCCUUCCUGGGCUGAGGGACCGGGUGGGGCUCAUCUGCUACUUUAUAGGGUCAUUGACUAGCAGUUUGUCAUUGAACUCUUCGGCGGCUCAGGCUGGCAAUAUACUCCUGCAGCUUUUCACGAAGUUUUCUCGGUGUUUUGCGGAUUGCAUUGAAGGCCGCAAUAAUUCCAUGCCUCAGGGCGGAGCGAGGAUUCAUUAUAUUUUUUUCGAUGUGUUCGGGGCUGCAGUGAAUCAGUUCGAUCCGUUUGACGGGCUCACUGACCACGACAUUCGAACCAGCAUACGGAACGCCAAUGGUCCGAAGAGCCCACUGUUCGUACCAGAAGCAGCUUUUGAAACCCUUGUGAAGGGCCAGAUAAAUAAGCUCCUCUCCCCUUCUCUGCAGUGUGCUGAUCUCGUCCAUGCCGAGCUCACCAAGUGCCUUACAUUCACCAUAAGGUCCAUGCCGGAGUUUCGCCGAUUUGACAAGUUGCGAGCGCGAGUGUACGAUGUAGUGCGCUCGGUCCUGGCUUCCUGCCUGGCGCCGACUAAAGAGAUGAUACGCAAUCUCAUACGGAUCGAAACUGGUUACAUCAACACCAACCAUCCGGACUUCAUCGGAGGCUCGAGGGCUAUCAGUGCCUGUUCAAUGGCAUGUUCCUCUGAGAGCCCCCGGUACGGGAUGGAGGCAACAGCAGGCUUUCAUUUCUCUAAAGGAGAGCCGGCUAUCUCCACAAUGGACCCCACACCCUCGUUGUCAGAAUGUGGGAGUACAGCGCCCGAUGGAUCACAGCAGCCUAUGCUCUCCGACCCCCUCCUAGUAGAAGGUGGCGGCACUGCUGCUGCCCGUAGCGGCAUAUUCGGCUUCUGGCGUGGUGGUGGGAAUACGGCAUCCCAUGGGACUUCCUCAAUGAGACGAGACCAUUCCCGCCACUCAGACUCGGAUGCCCAAGUCAGCAGUGCUUCAGCUGCCGCCAUGUCCCCGAGGGUCAACGGAGGGUCUGCUCCUGCCAUCUCUAUCCCUGGCCUGGCGCCUGUGAAUCCACCACAGGGAAGUGGUGGUCUCCUUUGGAGCCUGGGGCCUCUUCGGAGCGCCGCAGCGACCCCCAUGAUGGGUGCACGUUUAGAGCGGGAUAAUAGCAUCACUUCGCUAACUGGGGGGAUCCCCUCGGGCAUUCGCCUUGCUGCACCGCCUGCUGUGGUGUCCGUGCACUCGAGCCAACUCAGCGAGAAGGAGCGUAUAGAGACGGACAUAAUCAAGAGCUUGAUCGCAUCAUACCUCAACAUCGUCAAGAGGUCCAUCUGUGACCUCGUCCCAAAGGCUGUCAUGUGUUUCAUGGUCAACACUUUUGGAGCAGAUAUGGUGCUGCAUCGAGAGCUGGUCACGCAACUGUAUAAGGAGGACCUUUUCGGCGAAUUGCUCAACGAGUCUCCGGAGAUUUCCCAAGGCCGAGCCCAUUGUGCCGAAGCUAUUAGGAUUCUGCGGCAAGCGGCUGAUGUUAUCAACCAAAUAACUAACUUCAACAUGAGCAGCCCUUCAGGGGCCGCUGCCAAUUCUCCUCGAGAUCGUACUGGCGAUCCUUGCUGAUGAUAUCAUGCAAUGAAGUGAUCUCAAAGUCGCAAUUA